CGUCGACGUGCGAGCCUAUCUUCAAAUUAUUAAGAAAAAAUCAACCAUGCGAAUGGGAUGAAGAUUGCCAGAAGGCGUUUAGUAAAAUCAAAGAUUAAUUGCUGAACCCGCCGGUUUUGGUACCUCCAAUCCCAGGUAAACCCUUAACUUUAUACCUAUCAGUGUCCGGAAACUCUAUGGGGGCAAUGUUGGCACAACAAGAAGCUCCUGGCAAGAAAGAAUUCGCUAUAUACUACAUUAGCAAGAAGUUCACCGAGUGUGAAAGAAGAUAUAAUGCGCUAGAAAAGACCUGCGGUGCUCUAGCUUGGGCAACAAAAAGGUUAAGGCAAUACAUGUUGUACCAUACUACCCACCUGGUGUCUCAGAUGGACCCCAUCAAUAAUGUUUUCGAGAAGCUUGCCCUAACAGGACGUCUCGCUAGGUGGCAAGUCCUUUUGGCCGAAUACGACAUCGUUUACAUGACGAGAAAGGCUAUUAAAGGAAGUGUCGUCGCAGAUCAUCUAGCGGAACAUGCCAUUAUAGAUGCCGAUCCCUUCAUGAUGGAUUUCCCAGAUGAAAACAUCAUGACAACGGAAGAAGAAAGACUAGCGGAUGACUCAAAGGAAACGUGGGUUAUGAAGUUUGACGGGGCAUCCAACGCAUUGGGUCAUGGAGUCGGGGUCGUUUUUAUGUCCCCAGAAGGCAGAAUACUUCCCAUUACGGCUAAACUUUGUUUCACAUGCACCAACAAUAUAGCAGAAUACGAGGCCUGCGCUUUCGGCAUCCAAGCAGCUAUAGAAAUGGGGAUUAAGAAGUUGAAAGUGUUUGGAGAUUCAGCACUAGUAAUCUACCAGUUGAAAGAAGAAUGGGAAACCCGGGAUUACAAACUAGUCCCAUACCAGAAAUUCAUCAAAGAAUUGGCGUCACAAUUUGAAGAAAUAGAGUUCGAGCAUGUUUCACGAGUAGAAAAUCAAGUUGCGGAUGCCUUAGCUACGUUGGCAUCAAUGUAUAAGACGGAAGAAAUGAGAGAAACGCCUUGUAUCAGGAUUGAGAAACGAGAAAAUCCUGCAUAUCUCGCGAAUGUAGAGGAAGAGCCUGACAGUAAACCGUGGUACCACGACAUACUGACCUACAUCCAGAAAAAAGAAUACCCGCCAGGGGCAUCCGAGAACGACAAAAGGACAAUUAGGAGGUUGGCAUGUGGGUUUUACUUGAGUGAUUCAACUCUUUACAAAAGUAACUUCGACUCAACCUUACUCAGAUGCGUGGACGCUAAAGAGGCCCAAAAGGUAGUUGAGGAGAUACAUGAGGGCAUAUGUGGGACACACGCAAGUGGGCAUGUCAUGGCUAGAAAAAUCCUAAGGAUGGGUUACUAUUGGACAAAAAUGGAAGCAGACUGUAUUCGGUACGUCCGAAAAUGUCACAAAUGUCAAAUAUAUGCAAACGGAAUCCAUGUCCCGCUAGUACCACUACACGCCAUGUCCUCUCCUUGGCCUUUUGCCGUAUGGGGAAUCGAUGUCAUAGGGAUGAUCGAACCCAAAGCUGCCAACGGACACCGUUUCAUUUUAGUCGCGAUAGACUACUUCACCAAAUGGGUGGAAGCUACCUCCUACACAAGCAUAACAAGAAGUGUGUUGGUCAAGUUCAUAAAAAAGGAGAUCAUUUGUCGCUACGGAUUGCCAGAAAGAUUGAUUACUGACAAUGCCAAAAAUCUCAACAACAAAAUGAUGGAUGAACUAUGCGCACAGUUCAAGAUCAAGCAUAACAACUCAGUACCAUAUCGACCCAAGAUGAAUGGUGCCGUUGAAGCAGCAAAUAAAAACAUCAAAAAGAUCAUCCAAAAGAUGGUUGUCACAUACCGGGAUUGGCAUGACAUGUUACCAUUCGCUCUACAUGGGUAUCGAACUACAGUGAGAACAUCAACGGGGGCAACCCCAUUCUCCUUUGUCUAUGGAAUGGAAGCUGUUCUACCAAUAGAAGCGGAAAUCCCAUCCCUAAGGGUGAUAAAGGAAGCAGGACUAGAGGAUUCUGAAUGGGUUGAGGCAAGGUACAACCAGCUGAACUUAAUUGAAGAAAAGAGGUUAAGGGCCAUUCAUCACGGACACCUAUACCAGCGAAGGUUAAUCCGCGCAUUUGAGAAGAAAGUAAGACCCCGACAGUUUCAAGAGGGAGAACUCGUCUUAAAGAAGAUCUCUUUGCGACAAGGAGACCCAAGAGGAAAGUGGACACCAAACUACGAGGGGCCCUAUGUAGUGAAGAAAGCUUUCUCCGGAGGGGCUUUGAUCUUGACAGAUAUGGAUGGAGACGAGUUGACACAUCCAGUGAAUUCCGACUCAGUCAAGAAAUACUACGCAUAAGGGGGCAAGCCGAUAAAUUGCAGUCGAUUCCAUAUGAAUAAGAGGAUAAGAACAGAAUAAAUUGUUUAAUCAUGAGAUGUAUUUUGCGCUUUUCCAAUUUUCCAUGUAUCCUGUCAUUUCUCGUUUAAUAAAUAUAACCUUCUCUUUUAUUAUUCGCACCAGAUACUCCCUUAUCACGAUCCAUCCUUUUCUUCUAGUCAAAUUGUCAAUUCAUUGUCAUUACGAUCUUCGCUUUAAGACUUAACCACAAGAUAUCCGAACGAAAUGGGCAUGAGGAGCUCAGUUUAGAAUUUUCUAUAGAUCCAUGACUUUAUGGCAGUGGAUUAUUCUAAGCCCAAAUGAAGGGUCAAUACCCAUUAUGAAUCCAGAAUCAACUGAUACAAGAUAUCCAACAACGCCUCCAAUGACCCCACUCAAGCGCAUGAGACCAGCCAGGAAUUUGACAUACGAUUUCAAACGGCGAGGGACCCGCGCGCCAUUAGGGUAAAUUACCGAUGGUCGAACAAAUGGGUGGAGCACCGGUGAUGAUCCUCUUUAUGGCCUAAGAAAAUACAAUGUGCAUUGUGCAGCGCCAAAACAACCCGAGGAAUUGGUUCUUUCUCUUGUGGGUCAUCAGUUUAAAGGAAACCCAUGGCCAAACAAGAUGUCAUUAUAAGCUUGCCUUCAAAUAAACGUGCACAUUCAUCAUUAUAGCUCAUUACAAGCAUAACAUCACAUCGCAUCAUAUAAUAUCACGCUGUGCGAACCACUACCAUUUUUCAACGCGUCAAGCUUCCUGUUUUUAGCGAAGUUAAGGUUAAGGACAUUUUCAAGAGCCAAGCAUACCUUGUCCACAAAACUUCUUUAGCACGUUGCUUCAUUUAAACCUCGUUGUAUACCAAUUAUGAUUAGAGUAUUACUCUAAGACGUCUUCAUCAUUGUUACGGCCUUACUGCUGCCGCCAAAAAAGUCAGGCUAUACCGCCCUGGAAGCGCCCCGCCAUUGAGAACCGAAUCAGGCCCUACCGCCACAGAAAAAUCAGGCUAUACCGCCAUGGUAACGCCAUGAAAAUCAAAUCAGACUCUACCGUCAUAUUGGAACAAGUAAUCCCUUUUCAGCCAUUGCCUCUUCAAGGGCUUACCGAUUUACCGCUCCUUUUAUACGAAUACGUGAACGCCUCAGUCUGCUCAAAUAACGGUAUACAGUUGAUAAAUUGGCCAAAAUUGGUGUGUACGAAUAACUUUGUACACCUCUCAAAUUUUUAAGAGGUAUACAAAGGGGGGCAACUGUAGACACCCCAUUUUGUCUGGGCUAUAAUAUUCUAAAUUUCGAAGAAUUUAACUCGUUUAAGAUAAGCAAUUGCUAAUUUUGGAUGAACUAUUAAAUAUGCUCAGAAUAU